AUGGAACCAUUGUCGAAGCAAGACACUCCUACUGCAGAUGCUCGUCCUCUGAUCAGCUCAAGCGUACUAGCCUGGGACGCACUUCAAGACUUACUCCAGGAUGAACAAUGCACCAUCGAUGGGAGCUCGCUAACCAUCGCCAGCGUUGUCGCUGUUGCCAAAUAUGGAGUAUUGACACAAUUAUCGAACGACGACGAGAUCCACAAACGCAUGAACGACAGCGUCAGUAUGCUGAAAACUCACCUGAAUUCAGGUCAUCUUGUUUAUGACCACUUGGAAGAUCUCCAAAGAGCACUUGUUCAGCACCAAAACUCUGGUGUCCUUACCAGCCACGAUAUCGGCCGCCCUCUAAAUGUAUCGGUGACGGAUCAUGCUCUUCACUCGCGAGAUCUCGAUCUGGGAUUCAGCACAAACUCAAUGCCAAUGAGCUGGGUAAGAGCAAGUAUGCUCAUAAGAUGCAACUCAAUCAUACGAGGACACUCUGGCGUGCGAAUGUGUGUGGCACAAGCCAUCCUUAGCUUUCUCAACAGGAACAUCAUCCCGGUCGUACCUCUUAGAGGCAGCAUCUCUGCCAGUGGGGACUUGAGCCCUCUCUCAUACAUUGCCGGAGCCAUUGAAGGCUCUCCCGACAUCUACGUAAGACUCGCUAACGGCAACAUAUCGUCGGCGGCGGAGGCAUUGAAAGAUGCUGGUAUCGAGCCUAUGAAUCUUCAAGCCAAAGAAGGUCUAGGUCUGUUGAAUGGAACAGCAUUUUCUGCUGCGACAGCAUCUCUUGCCUUGCACCAGUCUCGAGAUGUUGCUCUCUUGUCGCAGGUCCUGACUGCAAUGAGUGUUGAAGCCAUGCAAGGUUCUGCAGAACCUUUCUGGCCUCAAAUUGCGGCUAUGCGUCCCCAUCCUGGUCAGAUCGAGGCAGCUGCUAACAUCCUUUCCUUCCUCCAAGAUUCCAAACUAGCGAAAUGUGUUGGAUCGCCAAAAGACACAAAGAUGACUGGCCUUUUUCAGGAUCGUUACGCCCUAAGAACUGCAUCUCAGUGGAUUGGACCCCAGAUCGAGGACCUCUUACUAGCCACUUCUCAAAUCCACACUGAGAUCAACUCCACCACAGACAAUCCAUUGAUGGACGUUGAGUCUGAUCAUGUUCUCCACGGUGGCAAUUUUCAGGCAGCUGUGGUGACUUCUGCCAUGGACAGGACUCGUCUUUGCUUGGAGCGAUUGGGAAAGAUGCUCUUCUCUCAGGUGACAGAGAUCAUCAACCCGAUGCUCAAUGGCGGACUGCCAGCAAACUUGUGUGCGGAUGAUCCGUCGUUAUCCUUCACAUGCAAGGGCAUUGACAUCAACAUGGCUUCAUAUCAAUCGGAGCUGGGCUUCUUGGCCAAUCCUGUCGGAAAUCACGUCCAGUCUGCAGAAAUGCACAAUCAAGCAAUCAAUAGUCUGGCCUUGAUUUCUUUGAGAUACACAUUCCAAGCACUCGAUACGAUCUACAUGAUGGUGGCUGCUCAUUUGUUUGUCCUCUGUCAAGCCCUUGACCUGCGUGUACUGCAGGUUGAGUUUCUAGAGUCCAUGGAGGAGAACUCAAUAGAUUGGUUCACCGACAUGCAGGCGCCCGAAGAGUUGCAUGCCACACUCAAAGACGCGGUCUACACACGGAUCAAGUCUGUGUGGAUUACUACAAAUACCGCUGAUCUCGACCAACGAUGCAAAGUUACUGCCGACGCUGUCAUUCCGGAUAUCAUUAACACAUCUGCCAAAGUUCUAUCCGGCACAUCUCUUGAGUCUACUAAAUUGGUCGAGUUCAGAGCAAACUUACAAGCUCAGAUGCAAGUUCAAUAUGAACUUAGCAGACAAGACCUCUUUGAAAACCAUCAAACGAUAACUCCGAAAUUUCUAGGAAAUGCAGCGAAGCGUAUGUACAACUUCGUUAGGGGCGACUUGGGUGUAAAGCUACGUCGAGGCUUGGUCGAACACCCUACCCAGCAACCUCUUCUGGGUGUGGAAGUGGAGGAGCCACGCAAAAGUAUUGGCAGCAGGAUCAGUGUGAUCUAUGAAGCUUUGAGAGAUGGACGUGGAAGUGCGGUUCUUAUGGCAAUUGCUGAAGAGAGUCUGAGAGAGAAGGAUACUUGA